AUGGUCAAUAUGAAAUCUCCGACAAUUUUCUUCUCUCUCCUUAUCGCCUCCUUCAUGGGGACUGGGCCAGCAAAAGUCGCUGACCCAACAUCAACGAUCGACGGCGUCUCCUUUGAGACCCGAGCUCGUUGGAUGCGCUUAGCAAACCAAGCGUUGAGUGAUAUAAGCGGAUCGCCAUGUCCAUUUGCGGCAUUUGGGACAGUUAUCAUCAACCAUACCGACUCUCCUGUCGGCAAGCUGAUUUGUAUGGGCAUCAAUGAGAGUCACAAGACAGGAAACCCGACGCUACACGCGGAUCUAGGUGAAAUCGCAGCCAUUAAUAAUUGUACCGACAUUCUCACUGAUCCUCAGGGCGACUUUCGAUUGACAGCAUCCGAGGCACAAAAUGCGUUCUCCGACCUGAGUGUGUACACAAAUGCUGAGAGCUGCCCGAUGUGUGCCUCUGCAAUUCGCUGGGCUGGUUUCAGAGAAUACAUCUAUGGAACGUCUAUUGCCAUACUUACCGAAAAAGGAUGGGGCCAGAUUCAAAUUUCCUCAAUGGAGGUCUUUGCCGCGUCUUAUGACCUACCAACUCAGACAGGGCUUAUCGGCAAUGUUCUGUCCAACGAGACUGAUCCUUACUUUUUGUGGCAAUACAAUCCAGCUUAUCCAUGCCCAAAGGGCUGUUCACGACGAUUGACUGGAUCCACGCUCAAUCCCACCUGA